AUGAAGUUCUUCAUGCCGCCUUUGAGUCUCCUCGCUCUUUCCGGGGUACAGGCCGCGCUGCAGUAUAAGGGCGUGGACUGGUCGUCUCUGCUGGUGGAAGAGAGGGCCGGUGUCAACUACAAGACCGCCAGCGGAUCCUCUUCAAAGCUGGAGAACAUCCUGAGCAGCAGCGGCGUCAACACGGUCCGCCAGCGAGUGUGGGUGAACCCGUCCAAUGGCGACUACAACCUCAAGUACAACAUCGACCUGGGCAAGCGGGCCAAGGCCGCCGGUCUCGGCGUAUACAUAGACUUUCACUACUCGGACACGUGGGCGGAUCCGGGCCACCAGUCCACACCGGCAGGCUGGCCGAGCAACGUCAAUGAUCUCGCCUGGAAGCUGUACAACUACACACUCGACGCCUGCAACCAGUUCCAGAGCAACGGCAUCCAGCCGACCAUCAUCUCGAUCGGCAACGAGAUCACGGCAGGGCUUCUCUGGCCGACGGGCUCGACCAAGUCCUGGGGCAAUAUCGCCAAGCUCCUGCACUCGGCCGCGUGGGGCGUCAAGGACUCGUCGCUGAGCCCCAAACCCAGGAUCAUGGUCCACAUCGACAACGGCUGGAACUGGAGCACGCAGGAGUGGUUCUACAAGAACCUGCUCGGCCAGGGGUCCUUCACCACCGACGACUUUGACAUGAUGGGCGUCUCGUACUACCCCUUCUACAACUCCGGCGCCACCCUCGCGAGCCUCAAGUCGUCGCUCAACAACAUGGCCAGCGCCUGGGGCAAGGAGCUCGUCGUCGCCGAGACGGACUGGCCGACCUCGUGCCCCGCGCCCAAGUACGCGUUCCCCAGCGACGCCAGGAACAUUCCCUUCACGGCCGCGGGCCAGGCCACCUGGAUCAAGGCCGUCGCCGACAUCGUCGCGGGCGUCAAGAACGGCAAGGGCCUCUUCUACUGGGAGCCGGCCUGGGUCCACAACGCCAACCUGGGCUCUUCGUGCGCCGACAACUGCAUGUUUUCGCGGUCGGGGCAGGCAUUGUCGAGCCUGUCGGUGUUUGCCAGCAUUUGA